AUGAAUCCUUCGAAUCCGGAGACGCGCGUAACGUACUGGCCACCCUGCUUCCUACUCACUUACGAAGACAUUACUCUGUGGGAGGGAAAAAAUAAAAUCUCCGUGUACAUCUACGUGUUCGAUCAGCAGACGUGUUCGAUGUCUACCGGAUGGGUUCCCUGCACGCUCUAUAAGAAUAAGGUCCAUCUGCUCGAGGUUAGGGAACAUUUCUAUGGAAUCAGAAAAUUUAGCACUUUCAUUGGACAAAGUGACUAUUUUUAUUGCGAGAAAUGCACGAGCGGUUAUGGGACGAGAGAGGCAUUGCAGCAGCAUGAACGUCUGUGUCAAGACAUAAGCGAAGUAAUUCUCGAAAUGCCAAAAGCGGGGGAGAGCGUCUUCUUCAACAAGAUACAGUACAUGCAUUCGCACCCCUAUUUCACGGUAUUAGGCACAGAGAGCGUUUUGGAAAAGGAUGCACUCGUUAAGGACGCCGUGAAUGUGCACAGGAUGAGCUCGUACUGCUUCAUUGUAGUGAGAAGUUGCGACCGAAAAAUAGUAGGCCUAGAUGGCUAUUUGGGACCCAACGCACCAGAAAAAUGCUUGCUCGCGCUCAAGGGAUUAAGCGAUCAAAUCGAUAGAUUGAACUGCUGUCCCUCGCCGUUGGUCAUGAGUAUGGAAGACCACUUUCGACACGAGAGUGCGACGCACUGCGAAUUCUGCGGGUGCGAAUUUAACCGACAUACGCGGAAGGUGUCGCAUCACAACCACACCUGCUUCGUAGAGCCUGGUUCUUCGAAUUUUGUCGCGACGCUGUGUGAUAUGUGUGAACUGUGGAUCUUAGCUUCGAGUUCGGAAAAGAUAAGAGGGUUCAACAUUGGAGAUCUCCAUUUCUGCGAUACCAUGCAGUUUUUCAACCUGUCCUUGUCUAACCUGAUGGAAACGCUCCUCACCAGCGGCGGCGAGAGUGCGUUUCAUUGCACCUGCCAAAUGUUUGGUAACCGUUUCCGCCACCUCCUCAGGAAGGGCAUUUAUCCCUACACCUUCGUCGACAGUUUCGAGGCAUACAAUUUGCCCGCGCUACCGCCAAAGGAAGCUUUCAAAAGUGUCAUGAACGAGCAAAAUAUCACGGACGAGGAUUAUCAGUACGCCCUCGACAUUUUCGAAUUGUUCGAAUGUAAGAACCUCGGCGGUUACACGCGUCUCUAUGUCAUGCUCGACGCCUGUCAGCUCUGCGACGUCGUGCUGUAUUUCAGAGAGAUUGUGCUAGAGACAGAUGGGAUGGAUAUCCUACGUGGUUUUGAGUGGGCCGAUCCUUCGAAGUGGAGCGAGAUCGAUUUUCUCAACAUUCCUCACGAUUCGGAAGUGGGUUACGUUUACGUGGUAGACUUGUCGUAUCCCGAAGAACUGCACGCACUCACCAGGGAUUUUCCCCUGGCACCCGAACACAGGUGCGUGGACGAGAACAAACUCUCCCCUACCAGCAACACUUGA